CCGGACGCAAGUAGUGCCGGGCAGUGAGUGUCCGCCAGUGUGCAGCCAUGUCGGAGGGAGACGCCGUACAAGUGUGUGUCAGGGUCCGGCCACUUAUUCAGAGAGAGCACGGGGAUCAGUUGAACCUACUUUGGAGAGCUGAGAAGUCAAAAAUUUCACAAAUAGAUGGAACAAAAUCUUUUAACUUUGAUCGUGUAUUCCAUUCCAAUGAAACGACCAGUCAAGUUUACCAGGAAAUGGCAAUUCCUAUUAUCCGCUCUGUUUUACACGGAUACCAUGGCACUAUAUUUGCUUAUGGACAGACAUCCUCUGGGAAAACGUACACAAUGAUGGGAACAACAGAUUCUGUAGGAAUAAUACCACAGGCAGUGCAGGAUAUUUUUAAAAUUAUACAAGAGAUACCAAACCGAGAGUUUCUGCUGCGAGUGUCCUACAUGGAAAUUUACAAUGAAACUGUGACUGACCUCCUAUGUGAUGAUAGAAAGAAAAAGCCUUUAGAAAUACGUGAAGACAUUGAUAGGAAUGUGUAUGUUGCUGACCUGACAGAAGAAAUUGUGAUGAUUCCUGAUCAUGUAAUUAAAUGGAUAAAAAAGGGUGAAAAAAAUAGACGUUAUGGUGAGACUAAAAUGAAUGAACACAGCAGUCGCUCGCAUACCAUUUUUAGAAUGAUUCUUGAAAGCCGUGAAAGAAGUGAUCCUGGAAAUCCAGAGACUUGUGAUGGAGCUGUCAUGGUGUCUCAUUUGAAUCUUGUAGACUUGGCAGGCAGUGAAAGAGCAAGCCAAACUGGAGCCGAAGGAGUGAGAUUAAAAGAGGGGUGUAACAUCAACAGAAGUUUAUUUAUUCUUGGGCAGGUCAUAAAGAAACUUAGUGAUGGUCAAGCUGGUGGAUUCAUAAACUACAGAGACAGCAAACUGACUCGGAUUCUUCAAAAUUCAUUGGGUGGAAAUACAAAGACGUUAAUCAUUUGUACAGUUACACCGGUGUCUUUUGAUGAAACGUUGAGCACCCUCCAGUUUGCAAGUACUGCAAAGCAUGUGAGGAAUACACCCCAUGUCAAUGAGGUUGUGGAUGACCAGGCAUUAUUGAAGAGGUACAGAAAGGAAAUUAUGGAUUUAAAGAAACAACUAGAACAGUUGGAGGCGUCAUCUGGAGUUAGAACACAGGCAAUGGCCAAAGAAGAACAUACACAGCUUCUUGAAGAAAUACAACAACUUCAAAAUGAGAGGCAAAAUAGAAUAUGGAACCUGGCAAAUAUAAUUAUUGCUCCUUCUGAAGUGUGUGAACAAGAACGGGCAAAACGAAAAAGACGUGUGACAUGGGCACCUGGAAAACUUAAAAAUAGUCUUGGUUCCUCUGGCUUUACCGACUUUGAUAUUUUUCCAAAGCUAUCAACCAACUUAAACAAGAAACCCAAGUUUUCUGACUUGACCCUACUGGCUGAAGUUGAUGAUUCUAUUUGUACAGAGUUUUCAGAUGUUGAUGAAUUGGCACCCGAAACAGAUUGGAAUAUAAUGAGCAGAGUCACAUCUCGAGACAAGAGUGCUGCACAUUGUCAUUCUAUGAUGGAUUUCUAUUCUGAAGAGCAGUUUCCUGGCAGCCACCAGUUUAAAGAUUCUUCACAACAAAAGUGUAAGGAAAUGGAACAGAAGAUUGCAGAUUUGGAAAGUCAAUUGAAAAAGGUGUCUCGGGAAUAUGAAGCGGAGACUAAAGAGAGGCAAUCCUUUGCACAUGAAAUCACAAACCUGAAGGAGCAGUUGGAAACGAAAGAAGAGGAAAAGAAUAAUAUUGUGAAACUUCUUGAACACCAAAUAACCACUUUAGAAGGCCAACUUCAAACCAUCAUUCCUGAAAAUGAGUCAAUUAAAAAGCCUUCAAUUGGUGUGGAAGAGGAAAGCCCAGAAGAAAAUGACACCCAUGGAAACAAAAGAACUGUUUUGGAACUGAGCAGUCACUCACUUGGAAACCUCUGUGAAGUGCAGGGAUAUGAUGACAAAGACUUAAGCCAUAACCACAGUUUGUGCCAAGAACAAAUACAAAUGCUUGAGCAAAAGAUAAUUGACUUAGAACAAACAAUUGAAAAUCUUACAGUACAAAACCAACAAGAAGAUAAUGGAAAGUCUCAUACACAAGAUUUAAUGGAAACUAUUCAGCUCUGUGAAGCUCUUAUGACAGAGAAAGGAAAUGCUCAACACGAAGUGACUGUCAUGCGCAAUAACUUUGACAGUAUAAUACUAGAAAAUGAAACCCUUAAAAGAGAGGUUGCAGAUCUGGAACGACAGCUUAAAGAGAAGACCGAGACAAGUGAAUUUGAAGAACUAGAGAAAGAAACGCAGAAAGAGCAUGAGGCACAACUAAUGCAUGAAAUUGUCAGCUUAAAGAAGGUAGUUGAGAAUGCAGAGGUGUACAAUCAAGACCUCGAGACUGAAUUAGAAACUAAGUCAAAUCUUCUGAAAGAGCAAGAAAAGGAAAUCAUUGAACUAAAGAAAAAUGUAGACAACUUGCAGAAGAAAAUGAGAAACAUGGAUCUAUGUGCCUCCAUGGGUGACACUGAUAAUUUGUGUGAAGAAGUGUUUCAGUUGAAGCAAUCCCUUAGUGAUGCAGAAGCUGUGACUCGAGAUGCUCAGAAAGAAUCUGCAUUCCUUAAAAGUGAAAACAGAGAGCUAAAAGAAAAAAUGGACAAAAUGUCAAGUCAUUGCCAGCAAAGAGAAAAUGAUGCUUCUUCAUAUGAAAAGCAGUUGGAAUCUGAAAAGUCAAAGUUCAAACAAAUGCAAGCAGAUCUACAGAAAGAGUUACAGUGUGCAUUCAAUGAAAUUAACCAGCUAACUGGACUUAUGGCUGGAAAAGUACCUAAAGAUCUGCUAACUCGUGUGGAAUUGGAGAAGGAAAUAAGUAAUUACUCAAAACAAUUGGCGAAAAUCAUGGAAGAAAAAACUAUUUUGGAAAAAGAAGUUGCUUGUUUGUCAGAAUAUAAAUAUUUGCCGAGUGAAAUUGAACAUCUAAAACAUCAGUUAAGCCAAACUUCUGAAGAGUUAGAUUUGUUAAAAAGCGAAAGAGAGCAGCAUUCAAGUAUAAUCUGCAAACAUGAACAUGCUUUACAAGAGCAAACCUUGCAAAUUACGACUUUGACUGAUGAGAUCACAUGUGUGCAGUCGAAGUUAUCUGAAGCUGAAAAGCAGUACUCUGAGCUGAAAAGAGUGCAUGCGGAACUUGAAGAAAAAUACAUGUCCGCUACACAGGAGCUGGUGCAGAAACAAAAUGAAGCUGAAUGUUUACUUAAAGAAAUAGAACAGCACCAAUGCACCAUUGAUGGUUUGGAACAAAAGCUCUCCACUGUAGCUGAAGAAUUUGCCCAAGCUGAAAGGGACAAAGAACAACUUAUUAGUCAACAGGAAGUGCUCAUUCAAGCUGAACAGAAUGCUAAAAAUUGGCAACAAGCUGCUCCUUCAACAGAAGAAAAAGACAGCCAGGUUACAAUUCCGCUCCAUAGUUUGGAUGAAGUCACAGCUCUUCUUAAAGAAAGGGAUGAUGUGCAAAAGACGAUAGAAAUGGAAAGGGAUGAUCUGAAAGAACAAUUAAGCCAAACUCCUGAAGAGUUAGAUUUGUUAAAAAGCGAAAGAGAGCAGCAUUCAAGUAUAAUCUGCAAACAUGAACAUGCUUUACAAGAGCAAACCUUGCAAAUUACGACUUUGACUGAUGAGAUCACAUGUGUGCAGUCAAAGUUAUCUGAAGCUGAAAAGCAGUACUCUGAGCUGAAAAGAGUGCAUGCGGAACUUGAAGAAAAAUACAUGUCCGCUACACAGGAGCUGGUGCAGAAACAAAAUGAAGCUGAAUGUUUACUUAAAGAAAUAGAACUGCACCAAUGCACCAUUGAUGGUUUGGAACAAAAGCUCUCCACUGUAGCUGAAGAAUUUGCCCAAGCUGAAAGGGACAAAGAACAACUUAUUAGUCAACAGGAAGUGCUCAUUCAAGCUGAACAGAAUGCUAAAAAUUGGCAACAAGCUGCUCCUUCAACAGAAGAAAAAGACAGCCAGGUUACAAUUUCGCUCCAUAGUUUGGAUGAAGUCACAGCUCUUCUUAAAGAAAGGGAUGAUGUGCAAAAGACGAUAGAAAUGGAAAGGGAUGAUCUGAAAGAACAAUUGUCUUUACAAGGUGAAACCCUCCAUGAUCAAGCAAAUGUCUUUCAAAAAGAAGUAGAAACCUAUAAAAAACUACAACAAGAUCUGAGUGCUGAAAUUGAACAGCUCAAGGGUUGUUUAAAAGAAAACCAGCAAUCCCUGGAUGUCAUGCAAGCAGAAAAGUCUGAAGUUUAUCAGAAACUCAGAGAUGUUCAGAAGCAGUUGGAAGCUGUUGACCAGGAGAGAAGUAAACUUCUUUCUUCAAUAGAUGAUAUUAAAGCUGAGAGAGAUGAUCUAAGAAGUGACCUAAAUGAGAAUAUUGAAUUGUCCAUUGAAACGCAAGAUGAGUUAAGAACAACUCAGCAAGAGCUCAAACAGCAGAAGAAACUUGUUGGCGACUUAAAAAAGCAACUUGAAGAAACCGCUACAACAUCUAAGUUCUGCCAGGACCCUAGCCUAGGACAAGAGUUGGAAGAAAAGCUUCACGACACCAAUGCUAAUUAUAAAGCACUUAUUGAGGAAAAAUAUGCUCUUGAAACUACUUUGCAAAGUCUAAUGGGUGAGUUGGAACUCCUCCGGGAAUGCACAAAAGCAGCUGAGCUGGCUCAGGAAAAGGCAGAAGGAGAGACUAGAGAACUUGAGCAAAAACUCUGUACCUUUGAGAAACAACUGUUCUCUAUAUCAUGUGAGAGGGAUGAGGCAAAGAAUAUGGAAAAUAAUCUGACAGAAGAAAGGAAUUUGCUCAAACACGAAAUUGAAAAGAACAUAAAGCAGAUCCAGUGCCUAAAUGAAGAGAUACACCUUAUGAAACCAAAUGGAGAUGAUGAUGAUCUUCGGCAACAAAAGUUGCUGGCACAGGAAAAAAUGGAUCUUAAUGAAAUAUUAGAAAAUGUUGGCGCUGAGAGUCAUCGGCUGAAACACGACCUACAAAAAAACAUUGAAAUGUCUAUUGAAACCCAAGAGGAGCUACAGGGUGCCCUUGAAGAAUUAAAACACAAGACUAGGCUCUUGGAUAACCUGAAAUCCCUGCAUGACAUCCCAGAGGACCACCCUGAAAAUCAUGAAACUGCCUUGGAGCAUAAAGUUUUAAGGUUGGAAGGUCAGAUGAAUGCACUGAUACAGGAGAGAGAUUCACUUUUACUUGAACUUAAAGCUACAGCAAAUAGAAAAAUGGAGCUGGAUGAAUUAGUUUCUACACUUACUGAAGAGAGAAAUUCACUUCAAGAAAAAUCUACAGAUGGUCAGAUAUCCGUUCUCGCAGAAAAACUGCAGGAUAUUGAAGCCAAAUAUCAAGAACUUCUCUGUGAGAAACAUUUACUUGAAACUGCUCACCAGAGUCUAAAAUGUGAAUUGGAGCUUCUCCGGGAACAUGAAAGAACAGUGGGAUUGGCUCUAGAGAAGGCAGAAGAAGAGAAGGUUGAAGCUGCAGAUAAACUAUGCACCCUAGAGAAACACUCUUCUCAUAUUGAUGAAGCAGAUAACCUGAAAGUUGAAUUGAAUGUUUCCGGAGCAGCAAUGGAGUGUUCUGAAAUGCUCAAUGAAACUCAAGAAGAGUCAAAACACCAAAUACAUCUGGGAGAUGGUCUGAGUGAACAGAUCCUCAAAGAUGUUUCUUCAAUGCAACCUGGCUCUCACUUCCUGCUAUCCCCAGAAGAGAAGGUUUUAUCAUUAAAUGAAGAGCUGGAACAAAACCAAGCAGGGCAUCACCUGGAGGAGCAUGUGCAAGCCCAGGAUAGGCUGCAGUGUGAAGUUGAAAGCCUGUUAAUGAAUCUGGAGAAUGCUCAAUCUACUCUUGAAUCUCGUCAAAGAGAGAAACAUGAACAUGAACAAAUGCUCUGUAGUCUUCAACAACAAAUGGAAGCUGUUACUCAGGAAAGGGAUGAGAUGAGGAUCACACAGGCUAGUCUGAUAUCUGAGAGAGACCAGCUGAAUGAAGCCCUACACACAAACACUGAAAUGGUAGAAUAUUAUAAAAAUGAGUUGCAGCAGAAAGCUUUAGAAGGCCAGCACAUGUUACUUGAGAAGGAAGAGCUUCAAGAGACUCAGAAGAAACUCAAAGAUGAAGUGGAACUACUGAUGAAAUCUAUAAAAGAUGCUGAAGUAACACUGCAGACAGUGGAGCAAGACAAACUGGAGGCCGAUCUAAAGCUUCUUAAUCUGCAAAAGGAAAUGGAAAUACUAGCUAAGGAGCGGGAUGAGUUGAGGACUACACAGGAGAAGUUAACAUCUGAGAGGGACCAGGUGACUGAGGAUCUAAAAAUAAACCUGAAUAUGAUUGAGCAUAUUGAAACCAGUGUGCAGCAAACACCCACAGAAGAGCAUGAAACCAUGCAUGAUGAUAGUACACUUGAAUUGGUUCAGCAAGGAACUUCAAAUGACUUGAAACAACUAAUGUCGAAUUUGAAGGACACAGAGGCAAGACUACAAAACUUGCAACAAGAUAAAGUGGAGACAGAACAAAAGUUUCUUAAUCUUCAAAAGUACAUGGAACCAUUGGUUCAGGAGAGGGAUGAACUGAAACUGAAACAGGACACUUUGAUAGCCGAGAGAGAGAGGCUGCAGGAAGAUCUCAAAAACAACACUGAUAUGUUUGCUAAUAUUAAAAAUGAACUUCAUCAGAAAUCAUUGGAUGCACAGCAAAUUAUGCAUGAAAAGGAGGAGCUUGAGUUAGCCCAUCAGAGGCUUAAAGAUGAUUUGGAACUAAUAAAUACAAAAGACAUUGAGGCAGCAUUACAGAAUGUGCAACAAGAAAAACUGGAAAUAGUUCAACAACUUCUUAAGCUUCAACAGGAAAAAGAAACCCUGGCUCAGGAGAGGGAAGCACUGAUGAUUAGCCAGGAUAACCUAACAUCUGAAUGGGAUCAGGAGAAGGUGAAGCUAGAGCUUGUCCAUGAGAAGCUUAAAGAUGAAAUAGAACAACUAAUGAAGAAUAUGAAGGGCUUAGAGGAAACCUUACAGAGUGUGCAACAAGACAAAUGGGAGACAGAGCAAAAAUUGCUUAACCUUCAACAGCAAACGGAAACCCUGACUCAGGAGAGGGAAGAGCUGAAGAUUAGCCAGGAAAACCGAACAUCUGAAUGGGAUCAGGAGAAGGUGAAGCUAGAGCUUGUCCAUGAGAAGCUUAAAGAUGAAAUAGAAAAACUAAUGAAGAAUAUGAAGGGCUUAGAGGAAACCUUACAGAGUGUGCAACAAGACAAAUGGGAGACAGAGCAAAAAUCGCUUAACCUUCAACAGCAAAUAGAAACCCUGACUCAGGAGAGGGAAGAGCUGAGGAUUAGCCAGGAAAACAGAACAUCUGAAUGGGAUCAGGAGAAGGUGAAGCUAGAGCUUGUCCAUGAGAAGCUUAAAGAUGAAAUAGAACAACUAAUGAAGAAUAUGAAGGGCUUAGAGGAAACCUUACAGAGUGUGCAACAAGACAAAUGGGAGACAGAGCAAAAAUUGCUUAACCUUCAACAGCAAACGGAAACCCUGACUCAGGAGAGGGAAGAGCUGAAGAUUAGCCAGGAAAACCGAACAUCUGAAUGGGAUCAGGAGAAGGUGAAGCUAGGGCAUGUCCAUGAGAAGCUUAAAGAUGAAAUAGAACAAUUAAUGAAGAAUAUGAAGGGCUUAGAGGAAACCUUACAGAGUGUGCAACAAGACAAAUGGGAGACAGAGCAAAAAUCGCUUAACCUUCAACAGCAAAUGGAAACCCUGACUCAGGAGAGGGAAGAGCUGAGGAUUAGCCAGGAAAACGUAACAUCUGAGCGGGAUCUACUGAAGGGAAACCUGGAAGAACACAUAGAAAUGGUUAUGAAUCUUCAAAAUGAGAAGCAGAAGAAACACACAGACCAGCCAACAAUGCAUCAGAUAUCUUUUGAGCAAGUCCAGCAGAGGUGUAAGGAAGAAAUGGAAGCACUAAUUAAGGACAUGAAGCAAACAGAGACAAAAUUGCAGUCUGUUCAACAAGACAAACUGGAGACAGAACAAAAAUGCACUGAUCUCCAACAGCAAAUGGAAACACUAGCUCAGGAGAGGGAUGAGCUAAAAUUAAAACAGGACAACUUAAUAUCUGAGCGAGAUCAACUGAAGGAAGACCUAAAGGAAAAUAUUGAGAUGUCUAUUGAAACUCAAGAUGACCUUCGGAAAGCUCAAGAAGAAUUGCAGCUGCAAAAACACAGGGUGCAACAGUUGACCAGUCAGAUGUCUCUAUUGGAAGAAAAGCUUGCAUCUGUAGAGAAAGAGUUGAUUCAAAAAGAAAAUGUGCUGAGUGAAACUUUAAAAGAGAUCCAUGAAAACACCAAACAAGAAGUUGAUUCAAAGGUGAAAGCGCUUAGCCAUGCUUUAGAAAGCAGUGAGUUGGCUUUAGAACAAGUAAGACUGGAAAAUGAUGAAGCUGCCAGGAAAGUCCGAGAUCUCACAGUAGAACUUGGAGCCAUGUCAGAUGAGAGAACUCACCUACAAAAAUUGAAAGAAAACUUAAAAGAAGAGGUAAACCAACUGAAUAACGAACUAGAGAAUCUGAAACAGAAACAUGCCCUCUUGGAAGCACAGCAUGCUGACGAAAACCUGAGGCAGGAAGAGCUAGUUACCGAAAUAAAGGCGCUAAAAGAUAAACUUGAGGCCACCAAUUCUAGAGCUCAGCUUCUUGAAGCUGAAAAGGACAACCUGCAAAAGCAAAUCCAAGAACAAGAUCUGAAAAUAUCCAGUCUUUAUCUAGAACAGGAACAAUUUCAGCAACUGCUGCAAAGAGUGCGAAAUGAAAAGGAGAAUAUAUAUUCGGAGCUUCAAGGACAGGAGAAAGAGUCUGCCCAGCUAAGGGAGGAACUAAACAAAUGCCAGACAGAACUUCAAGUUGUUAAGCAACAAAAGGAGGAUAUAAAUGAACAUCUCAAUUUAAAAGUGAACACACUUGAUGAACUGACCAAGCAGAUAUCCUCUUUACAAGAACAGAUUGAGCAACUACAGCAGGCCAUAAAGGAUGAAAGAGAGAAAAAUUUUGAGCUCAAUGAUGAGAUUGAGCGUAAAGAUAAAGAUAUUUUACUUUUAAAUUUAAAACUGAGCUUACCUCCAGAAGAAGACGAAGAAGAUGAGCUUGCAAAGCACAUGGAUACUUUGAAAGAAAAGACCCAAGAGAUAACGGAUCUUUUGGUAAAAAUCUCUGGUGUAUAUUCUGAUCAACACAGCCUAAUUAACAGUUUCGCUAGUGAAAUUCAUAAUGAAGAAGAGAUCUGUAAAUCCAUUUUGGGUCAGAUAAAGGAUAAACUCUCACCUACACAGUCCAGGUCAUUUAGAAGCUUACAGACUGAGCAUGUAAAGAUAAAUUCUCAGCUGCAAACAGUUAUCAGCAAGUUUAAGCUUAUAUGCAUGAAUGCCAUUGUGAAAGAAGAACAAUACAGCUUAUUAAAUGUCUGUGAAGUAGACCUGAUCACAGAACAAAAGAAACAUGAAGAGCUUGAACUUCAGAUUCAAUGUCUAGAGCAGCACGGUACAAAAUGGACAGAUUCUGCAGCGGAUGACCUCAAAUUUUAUGAACUUGAGUUCCUAAACAAACUGAUAAAUAAGAAGUAUGAUCUUAUAAAGCAUGUUGAAGGAGAUUUUUCAGCGAUUCAAGUCAUACUGACCAGUAUUGAACAAGUUCUUCAAGAUGAAGCAAAAUGCAAGCAGAGUUUUAACUUGUGGCUGGAUGAAUUCAAGGAUGAGAACAUUAAUGUCAUGAAGCUUAAUGAAGGUGUUCAGCAAGAAAAUAAAAGAAUCAUAGGAAUGAUCCAACUGAUGACCAAGAAGCUAAGGACUGUUCUUCAAUCAAAAAUACAGAGUGUGGUCACCGAAUAUUUAAAAAACAUUCAAACAGAGUUGGAAGAGACAAAAGUAAAGAACACUGAGCUAAUGAAAAGAGUGCAUCAGCUUUCUCCUACAGGAAGUACAGAUAUCAUAGACAAUGAGAAUGCUAGAUUACAAGAAAAACUGAAGAGUCUGCAAGCAGAAUUAAAGAAAAUGCAGUCCAGGAUCAAAAAUCUAGAAGAUGAACUGGAUACAGUGAAAGCAGAUGCCAAAGUAAAAGAAGAGAGGGCAGUAGCCCUGCAAAACAAGCUGUUGUUGAACACCACAGAAACUGAGCUUGCAAAGAUCCAGAUUCAGCUUACUGAAAAAGAUAAUAGACUUCAAACUGCAUUGAAAGAGAUAGAGAAUCUCCAGAGUACAGUUUCCAAAGGUGCAAAACCAUAUCAAGAGGAAAUAGACCAACUCAAAACUCAAGUUGUGAAAAUUGAGAUGGAAAGAAUGAAGUUGUCCAAAUCAAUGGACAAAGAAAUUGCAUCAUUAAAGUCUUGUCUGGAAGAUAAGGAGGAAUGCUUACGGAAAUUAAAAGAACAGUUAAGGCGAGCUCAAAAGGACAGUGACACAUCAGUUUGCUCUGAAAAGGAUCAUCCCAGUUACUCUCAUUAUCCACUUACAUGUGGUGGUGGAAGUGGUAUUGUGCAAAGCACUGCCUUCUUGGUUCUCCAAUCAGAAAAUGCAAAACUAGAAAGGGAAGCCUCCCACUAUAAGAAAAAGUAUAAUCAACUUUCCAGAAAUAUUCAUAAACGUGAAGAUAAGAAAAUGAAAGUGUCUGAAACACCUGCUCCGUUAAAUGCUUCUCAUGAAUCAUCUGGGAUGUUGCCUUCAAACAAGGCAGUACCAAGUCACGUUUCUCCUACCAAGUCUGAAAUUCCUAAUCUAUAUCUAGCAUCUCCAGGAAAGACCGGUAUGCAAAGAAAGCGGGAAGCACCUCCAUACAAGGCAGAGGCCAUUAAACGUGUUCCAUUAUCGCCUAGCAAGGCUGGAAGGCAUAGUGUGCCAUCAGCUUCUCCAAGCAAACCUGCAAUGCUUACAAGGUCGGAAAUAUCUCCAGAACAGACUCAACUGCCAUUGCUCAGCUCUCUGAUUUCAUCCCCAUGCAAAAAACAAACCUUGCUAAAAAAUGAGGAUUCACCAAAACAAACAUUUUUUGAUGUUCGAUCAAAAUCCUUGCCGUACUGUCCAACACAGUUUUUCGACAAUUCCAAGUUGGGAACGUUACCAGAUGUAAAGAAUGUUGAAUCUACAGCUGAAACAGAAACAUGGUGGUAUGACCGAAAAAAGGAAACUGCCAAUGAAUGUAAAACUUCCUAAUGUGCAUCUCUCAUGUGAAUAUUCCUGCACUUGGUAUAGCUGUAAUACUUCCCAAAGUUAACAUGGUCAUUAACAUCUUCUUCGCUGAAGGAGUAUAACACACAUUUUUCUGGAUGAAUGUAAAU